CGAGAGAUUCUCCUUCCCGAGGCUUUUUUUCUCUCUCGCCCGGGAAAAGAACGUGUCCCUGCCCCCCCUUCCCGAGCUGCCCACGCGGCUCCACCCAGUAUUUUCUAGAAUUCAUUUUGUACUAUGGCCGAUGAAGUUGACUUCACCACUGGAGAUGCUGGUGCUUCUGCCACUUACCCAAUGCAGUGUUCUGCACUCCGUAAGAAUGGCUUUGUGGUGCUGAAGGGACGUCCCUGCAAGAUUGUGGAAAUGUCAACUUCCAAAACUGGCAAACAUGGUCAUGCCAAGGUUCAUUUAGUUGGUAUUGAUGUGUUCACUGGCAAAAAGUAUGAAGAUAUAUGUCCUUCUACUCACAAUAUGGAUGUUCCAAAUAUCAAGAGGAAUGAUUACCAGCUAAUCUGUAUACAGGAUGGCUACCUUUCUUUGCUGACAGAAAGUGGAGAAGUUCGAGAAGAUCUAAAAGUCCCGGAAGGUGAAUUAGGCAAAGAAAUAGAGGGAAAAUACAAUGCAGGAGAAGAUUUCCAGGUGUCAGUCAUGUCUGCAAUGAGUGAAGAAUGUGCUGUAGCCAUAAAACCUUGUAAAUAGGACCACCUGGAUCAAACAGUUGCUAAAGUACCAGCAACUGAAAAUCUUGUAUUUUAGUUCUGAUUAUCACCAAAGCUAUAACCUUCACUAGCAACCUCGUGUCUUUGUUUGAAAAUAGUGCUGACUGAUGUUGCAAGCAGUUUGGCAAUAUUAAGAUUGCUGAAGUUCAAGUGCUUACAGGAAUGGCAAGGCAGUCAAAAACUGUCAUUUUAGAUCAUGAGGUAUUCAAAAGUAGUAUGCUUUGCUCAAAUGAGACUCUAUAGCAGUGCCAAUACCAAGGUAGUACUCAGUUUGAGUUUACGUACAUUCUAAAGAAACAAAAGUAACUUUGUUUUAAAAUCUUAAACAUGGUAAAAUGUGGCUUGCACUGAACUGUGAAGCCUAAUUGAGCUAGAGACAACGGAACUCAUGUGAUCAAAAUGCCAGUGCUGGUUGGCUGUAUACAGCAAACUGUAACUUUGCUGUCUUGCUCUUAAUUGGUCACAAUUUGCUGUAAACAUCCAGAAUUGCUGGGUGCUUUCAUACUCUGGUUAAUAGUGCACAAAUGUUGGAGCAGGGUAGAGAGGAGGAGAUUCACUAGAGGCCUUUGUUUUCAAUGUAGAGUUCAACCACUUCCAGUUUUAAACAAGGCAAUGCCUCAAGAGUUAACAGUAUUUGAUUUGGCUUUUAACUUUUUUUUUUAGGUUUAUGGCAGAAGUAAACUUUUUUUUUUUUAGGAAUUGAAGCAAACCUGUACUGAUCAAUGGCCGGAAGGCUAAAUUUCAACCCUGUGUCACUGAACAGAAUUUGAGCCAUGGAUUGUCUUGUAGAGUUUAUAAAGAACUAUGAUAGCGCAACUCUGUCAAACACAUGAACCUCUGGACUAUAAUAAAACUGUUCUGAUUCAAAACCUA